UGCAACAAGCGCCUGUCACGCUCAGCCAGAUGCUCUGCUGCUCCAGGAAGGAAAUGCAACGCGGAAAGGGUUAAAAUCAGGAGAAAGACGCCAAAUGACUACAAAUCAGUGUGAAUGAGAGAGGGAAGACAAGCACAAACAAGCGCUCUUACGAUAAUGCGGGAUACUGUAUUCCUGAAAUGAGUACGCACCGCUUGCCAUUCAUCCGCUUGUUAUUUCUUUUCCUGAUCUCGUUUGCCGAAUUAACUGGUGGCUCAGAUCAAAUUGCCCCUCUGCAUGUGUGAGACUGCACUUCAUGUGGCACCUCCAAGCAGAGACAGAGGGAGACUAGACCAGGACGCGAAAGAGUGACUAAACUGUUUUUGGCGUUUUUCAAAGAAUGAAUUUAAGCAACGGUGUCAGUGGACAGAACCGAAAUGAUGCAAUUAGCAGCCGGGAAGAUACGAAGAGACUUAUGAAGCCCUCUACUCCGACAAGGAAGCUUCAACCUCCCAAACCCGAGAAUGCCAUCACCAUCGCCGUGUCGUCGCGGGUGCUCUUCAACAUGGAACGUGAGCAGCAGAUCUACGAGCGGCAAGGCAUGGAGGAGUAUCUCAAGUACCAGCUGGAACAUGAAAGUGAGCCUUUCAGUCCUGGUCCUGCCUUCUCCUUCGUCAAGGCUCUGGAGGCUGUCAACAGCCGACUCCGGGAGCUUUACCCACAGAGCGAGGAGCUGUUUGACGUGGUGCUCGUGACAAACAACCACGCAUACGUGGGCCUGCGGCUCAUCCAUACCAUCAACCAUCAUCACUUACUCAUUGAGCGCUUCUGUAUGACUGGAGGAAACAGCCCGAUAGGUUAUUUGAAGGCCUACCACACGAACUUGUACCUUUCUGCUGACUCUGCCAAGGUGCGAGAAGCUCUACAAGAAGGUAUUGCAGCAGCCACGAUGUUCACCCAAGAGAAGAUGAAGGAAGUGUCGGACAUUCAGCUUCGCGUGGCCUUUGAUGGCGACGCUGUCCUUUUCUCAGACGAGUCGGAACGCAUUUUCAAGGCCCACGGACUCGACAAGUUUUUUGAGCACGAGAAGGCUCACGAAAACAAGCCUUUGGACCAUGGUCCGCUGAAGGGCUUCCUGGAGGUUUUGGGAAAAUUACAGAGGAAGUUUUUUCACAAAGGUCUGCGCAUGGACUGCCCUAUUCGCACCUACCUGGUGACGGCUCGCAGUGCCGCCAGUUCCGGUACUAGAGCCCUAAAAACUCUGCGUUCGUGGGGCCUGGAGAUUGAUGAGGCCCUUUUUCUAGCAGGAGCCCCGAAGGGCCCCAUGCUGGAGAAGAUCAGGCCGCACAUUUUCUUUGACGACCAGAUGUUUCACGUGGAAGGGGCAGCUGAGCUUGGCACUGUAGCCUGUCACGUUCCCUAUGGCAUUGCCCAGAGGCUUGCAGACAAAUGACUUGAGGCAUGAACAUUUGGAUGCAAACGAAACAAGGCACGAUGGUGGAAGUUCUCCUAAAAUGUCUACAAUUAUUAUUUUU